AUGGAAGAUUGUGGCAUGGUUGCUGCAGAUUGUGUGGUCAUUUCAUGUUGCUGUCAAUGCUUGAUCCUGCAAAUCACCAUCUUCAUCUUGUUCAAGCUUCCUUGCAAGCUGAUAAAAAAGACAAGAGACUACACCAUGAAGAAGCUUCAGCAAAGAAAGAGGAAAGAGAUUGUAGUGGAAAGUCAAGGAGAAAUAGUACUAGAUCCAUUCAAGGAUGACUUUCUAAGUAUUCUUGGAGAGUCCAUAAGGCCCAUAGAGGCAGGCCAUAGUUGCAGAUGUUGCAUGGAGGAGGUGGACAAGGUGCUGCAGGAGUUAUCUCAGAGAGGAGAGUUUGGAUUUGGAAGCUUUUGGGGUAGAAGAGAAAUGGGUCGUUCCCCAAUUCAUCAUUCAGCAGAAGAUGAUCAAUUUGACAGUAGAUUUGUGCAGUUUCAAUUGAUUGAAAUGGUUGGCUCUGUCAGUUAUUGA